CUGUCUGUCUUAUCUGCACUCCUGAAUGAUCCGUCUGCUCCUUUGUGACCAAACUCUUUGAUGGUGAGGUUUUGCUUUAAGCGCCGCAGCGGUGUCGGUCAGGAUCGUGACCUGCUGCGGCAGGUGAGGCGACGCCAUCACACCUGCGAUGGAGAAAGCAGUGGAGUGGGAGGAAGAGCAGUUAAGACGAGAACCACAGCACCUUUCAGGCUUCAGGUGCCUCAUUUGGCUCUUCGUCACCGUCUGAGCAAGCUCAGUAAUGGGGUCUGUCGCCCCGCCCCUUGGCGCCGCCGACCAAUUGCCUUCCUUGGUUUCAUCUUAUCGUUCAAUACUCUGCGUCCACUGGCCAAUCGGGUGGCGUUGUACCGCUCCUUUCCAACUCGUUUCCUCUCCCGAGCCUGGGGUCGUCUAAACGAGAUGAAUCUACCCACAUGGCUCAGGAAACCCAUCUACUCUCUGUACAUCUGGACGUUUGGAGUCAAUAUGCAGGAAGCAGCGGUUGAAGACUUGCAUCAUUAUAGAAAUCUAGGAGAAUUUUUCCGGCGGCGCCUCAAACCUGCUGUCCGCCCUGUAUGUGCGGCCUCCCACCUGACAUCUCCAGCUGAUGGAAAGAUUCUCCAUUUUGGUCGUGUGAAGAACUCUGAAGUGGAACAAGUUAAAGGUGUCACCUAUAGUCUGGAGCACUUCCUGGGUCCACAGUCCAUGGAACAACUGGAUUCAUCCUCAUCUUUUCGGGACGUCCUGCUGUCGUCUCCUGACAGUGACCUUUUCCACGUGGUGGUUUACCUGGCUCCUGGGGACUAUCACUGCUUCCAUUCCCCUGCUGACUGGAAGGUGGAGCUCCGGCGGCACUUCCCAGGCUCGUUGAUGUCUGUGAACCCGGGUGUGGCUCGCUGGGUCAAAGAACUGUUCUGCCUGAAUGAGCGUGUGGUGUUGAGCGGCCAAUGGCAGCACGGUUUCUUCUCACUGACGGCAGUUGGUGCCACAAAUGUGGGUUCCAUCAGACUGUAUUUUGACCAGGAGCUGCAGACCAACGCUCCCCGCUACAGGAAAGGCUCCUUCUAUGACCGCAGCUAUGUUGCCACGGGCAACCAGGUCUUGCAGAGGACAAGUGAAGGAGGUGUGGCCUUACAAAAAGGUGAAGCCAUUGGAGAAUUUAACUUGGGAUCCACCAUCGUCCUGCUGUUUGAGGCUCCCAAAGACUUUGUGUUCAAGCUGCAGCCAGGACAGCGAAUCAGAGUGGGCGAAGGCCUCGGCGCCCACUGAGGACUGAAGGCUCCACGCUUCAGAGGCACAAGAAGGCCAUGAUGUGACAAAGACUCAGACUCCCAGAAUGCUUCAUGCCUCAUAAGAGGAUUUGCCAAACCUCUGUUCUGUAUCGGUCGCUCCACCUUCAGGAAAAAAACACUUUGAAUGUUUGAAGCUUUAUUGUUCACCUGUUGAGUGGAGAGCUGAUUAAAAUCGAACUUUGUUUCUCUUUUAAGGAUA